CUCUCUCUCUCAACCAUACCCUCUCUCUCUCAUACACAUCCUCAAGAGGUCUAUCUUUCUCUCAUGAAUUGAAGAAUAUAAUACCCACAAGAGAAGAAAGAAGGUUGAUCUCUCAUACAUAAAAGAACACCCACAAGAGGAAAAAAAAAAAACAAGAUCUCUCUCUGUCAUGGCUCUUCUCACACAACUCCUACACCUACUCUCCUUUCUCUCUCUCAUCAAUCUCUCCUUCCAAACCACCUUCCAAAACCAAUCCCAUUUCUUCACUCUCAUGAAAACCUCCCUCACUGGAAACUCCAUCUCUCAAUGGAACCACACCUCCUCCAUCACCGCCCCAACUCCUUACUGUCACUAUAACGGUGUUACCUGCGACGAUGAUGGCCACGUCACAAAAAUCGACGUCUCCGGUUUCUCCUUAGCUGGCCAUCUCCCGCCACACAUAUGCUCCUAUCUGCCUAAGCUCAUCAUACUCCGGCUGGCCAACACCGGCAUCCGCAUCCACUUACCAUCAACCAUCCUCAAUUGUUCUUUACUAGAAGAGCUUAAUCUCAGCUCUUUAUUCCUUGUUGGGUCCCUUCCAGAUUUCUCACCGUUGAAAUCACUCCGCCUCCUGGAUCUCUCCAACAACCACUUCUCAGGCGAUUUCCCGACAUCUGUGUUCGAUCUCACUAAUCUUGAAGUUCUGAAUUUCAACCAGAUGGGUAGAUUUACUAAGUGGCAGCUUCCCAACUACAUCGAUCGACUGAAAAAGCUCAAACAAAUGAUACUUUCCACAUGCUCCAUUCAAGGCCACAUCCCACCAUCCGUCGGAAACAUGACGUCACUCAUUGAUCUCGAACUGAGUGGGAAUUUCCUCAUCGGACGGAUUCCGGCAGAGAUCGGGCGGCUCAAGAACCUGCAAUUCCUCGAGCUUUACUAUAAUCAGCUGACUGGUGAAAUACCGCCGGAGAUUGGAAACCUGACUCAAUUGAGAGAUGUCGACAUCUCCGUCAAUCGACUGACCGGAAGAAUACCGGAGAACCUGUGUAAACUCCCGAAUCUCCAAUGCUUGCAGCUAUACAACAACAGUCUCAGUGGAGAAAUCCCACCUGCGAUUGGGAAUUCGACGUCUUUGAAUCUGUUAUCUCUCUAUGAGAAUUUUCUUACAGGUAGUGUUCCACCCAAUCUAGGCCAGUUUUCGGAUUUCAUCGGAUUGGAUUUAUCUGAAAAUCGUCUUUCCGGCGGAUUGCCAACAGAGAUUUGCAAUAGAGGGAAGUUGCUCUAUUUUCUUGUGUUGGACAAUCAGUUCUCCGGCCGUUUGCCGGAGAAUUAUGUGAAAUGUGAAUCGCUUCUUCGGUUUCGUGUCAGUAAUAACCGUUUGGACGGUCCGAUCCCAGAAGGACUUUUGGGUCUUCCACAUGUUUCGAUCAUCGAUUUGGGUUUCAACCAUCUUGAUGGUCCACUUCCAAAAUCCAUCGGAAACGCCAAGAACUUGUCGGAGCUUUACAUACAGAGCAAUCGGAUUUUGGGUUCUUUGCCGAUUGAGAUUGCGUGGGCUAGCACUUUGGUGAAAAUGGAUCUGAGUAACAAUUUCUUAUCGGGUCCAAUUCCAUCUGAUAUUGCCAAUUUAAGAAAGCUGAAUUUACUAAUGUUGCAGUGCAAUAGGCUAGUUUCUUCCAUACCCGAAUCGUUUUCGAUGUUGAAAUCUCUCAACGUCCUCAAUCUUUCAAAUAAUCUUCUCACUGGAAAAAUCCCUUCAAGACUCUGUGAAUUGAUGCCCAAUUCUCUGGAUUUCUCGAAUAAUCAGCUCUCGGGUCCGGUCCCACUUCCACUGAUCAAAGAAGGAUUGCUGAACAGCUUUGCGGGUAAUCCAGGACUCUGUCUUCCUGUCUCUUACAACUUGACAGACCCGAUUCUCCCUCUCUGCCGGCAGCCCACCAGCCGGAAGCGGGGAAACAGCAUUUGGGUAGUUGGGAUUUCUUCCUCAGUCGUGAUUCUUGGACUUCUCUUGUAUCUAAGACGCCGGUGUCAGAAAGAAAGAGUAGUUACAGAGCAGGGCAGAAUGUUGUCGGCAUCAUCUGCCUGCUACGACGUUAAAAGCUUCCAUAAGCUGAGCUUCGCCCAUCGGGAGAUCGUCGAGGCCUUGAUUGACAAGAACGUGGUGGGGUAUGGAAGAUCCGGGACCGUUUACAGGAUCGAAUUGAGCGAUGGACGAUCGGUUGCAGUGAAGAAGCUGUGGAAUAGAAAGAAAAAGGACCCGUCAUCUGAUCAGCUGUUUCUUGAUCGGGAAUUGAAGGCGGAAAUUGAGACUGUCGGAAACAUCUGCCACAACAACAUUGUCAAGCUCUACUGCUGCUUCUCGUACUUGGAUUCAAAUCUAUUGGUUUACGAAUACAUGCCGAAUGGUAAUCUGUGGGACGCGCUGCAUCAAGGGAAGGGAUUUCUUGAUUGGCCCACCCGGCAUAUGAUUGCGCUCGGCGUAGCGCAAGGUCUAGCUUACCUGCACCAUGAUCUGUCACCACCGAUCAUACACCGGGAUAUCAAAUCAACCAACAUACUACUGAGUGCAGAUUUUCAGCCCAAGGUUGCAGAUUUUGGAGUUGCAAAGAUCUUGCAAGGAAGAGGUGGAAACGAACCAACAACUACCGUCAUCGCUGGAACCUAUGGAUACUUGGCACCUGAAUAUGCGUGUUCAUCUAAGGCGACAAUCAAAUGCGAUGUAUACAGCUUUGGAGUAGUACUGAUGGAGCUGAUUACUGGGAAAAAACCAAUCGAAGCAGAAUCUGGCGAGAACAUGAACAUCAUCUUAUGGGUCUCGCAAAAGAUCCCAACCAAAGAAGGGGUGUUCAAUGUCUUAGACAAGCGAUUAUCGGGCUCAUUCAGGGACAAGAUGAUCCAAGCAUUGAGAAUUGCCAUCCGUUGCACUUGUUCGGCCCCAGCUCUUCGCCCCACCAUGAAAGAAGUCGUCCAGCUGCUGAUUGAUGCAGAUCCGUGCCAGUUCGACAGUUACAAACUGUCUGACAGGCUCAAGGAUUCAUCAAACACCAUCAAGCCUUAAAACCCAUUAGAGUUAUGAUUAGAAGAGGAUUUGGUAGGGGUUUAGAAGGAAUGUAAGAACAAGAGAUAUGCGAAAACUACUAGCACAAACACAUGUUGGCAUGGCACGUGUGCACAAGAUCCGAGCUGUUCAAAAGUGGGCCUUCAUAAAUCAUGUAUUCUGUCCAAAAAUAAGAGUGGUCCACUCAUCAGGAGUAUAACACAUGCAUAAGAAAAAGACAUAAAAAAUUGACAGACAAUCUAGAAUGUACAAGUGUGGCUCAUCUGAUGAUCCAACCGGUUCAAUUUUU